AUCAGAUAAUCGUGAAAAAUUGUCCCAGAGGUUUGUUACGGCAAAAUAAAACCUUGCCAUAGCAUUGCUAACCUGAAAACUACUCCCAACAGAAACGAGCCAAAAUGUUUGCCCGUGCCGCUAACGUAACCCGCACCGGUAUGACCAAUCUGGUCCGAUACUCCCACUCGCACGGUGGAAUCCCUGGCGAGAACCUUCCGUUCAGUCUGACCAACCGGUACAAGCUGACUGCUAUGUUCAUCGUGUUCUUCGGUUCCGGACUGGGCGCUCCAUUCUUCAUUCUCAGACAUCAGCUGUUGAAGAAGUAAGAAGGGUCCUGUUGGUUUUGAAAUGAUGGCCCGCACAAUCUGGCCCUCUUCAUCUGUUAGUGAGUUUGAACGAUAUGUUAUCCCGCAAAAGGAUGAAGUAACGCAAUAAAAUCAUCCAAAAUCUGGUGCGCUAUAAUACCACACACACCUAGACAAAAGGUAUUUUCGAAGUUAUUUCUCGCGAUUACCGGGCUUCUAAGUCUCUCCCCCUGGCUUUUC